GAGUGUUGAUAAAAUUAACUGUGAAUAUUCCAACAACAUUUCGAUCGGCAAAAUAUUUGAUGUCACAUUGGAAAUAAAUUUGAUCAUUCGAUUUAGAAUACAGAGUCACUUUGUUGAGAUCUGUCACGAUGAGAAGAAAGAGAGCCAAGAAUGGGCGCAGUACGUCGUUGAAGAUGACUCUAAAUCAAGUGCUGCGGGAAGAGUAUCGUGCACCAUUCAUCGAUCAGGUCACAUACUGGUGCCUUUCGGCCACAAUGAUUACGACUCUGGCGUCAUUACUGUUUUUGUUCAAAGCAAACAAAGCCUUUGACGAUGAAAAUGUUCGAUUUUUUAAAGGUGAAUCCGAUGAAUACACGAAUGAUCAAUUCAAUAAAUACGUGAAUAGUGUAAUUGGUGAAUGUUUCACCUCGGUAUUACAAGAAAAUUACCACAAAUUACUGCUUGCAUUUCGACGAACUGUGGAGCAAGCAUGUCCUGAUUUUCUUCGUCCAGAAAAUUGGCCAGCUCGCGAGGGCAUGGGAAACGCAUUCAAUCAUCUCAUCACUCAGUACAUAACAAACGUGAAAAAUAACAUCAAAGUAUGGGCAUUCAGUCGCAUCAAGAAAUUUUUCACGCUAAAGCGCUACGAACUGAAUUUGAAUCGACAAGGAAACCUCAUCACUGAAUUGAAUGUGAAACGUGCGACGAAGAUCGUAAUGUUCCAAAGUAGAGUCGAGAGAAACGCGAACAUCGAUCUUCUAUUAAACGAAGCAGCAGGCAUUGGAUUGCCAAUCAAUGUACACUUUCAGAAUCUCAUUCGUGGUCGCUGGUUCCAAACCAUUACAAUAUUUAUAAACAUUCAGCGACAAAUUUUCGAUUUUCACGCGAAAUAUGAAAUGUUGAAACAACGCUGAUUCCAAUAUCGACGCGAUCCGAACAACAAUGUCAUGCCGACCACUCCACUCCCGCCAAAAAUAAAGAAUUUUUUAGUAGUUCCAGUCCACGAUUUCGAUAUGAAACAUAUCCGCAUCGAUAUCCA